AUGUUGUCAAUUGGCCAAAUUAGAAUAUUCCAGAUACCAUGGCAACGCAUCGUCAAUGCUACGGAGAUGGUGGCCUCGUCGCACGAAACCUUCGCACAGAAGAUUGAGGAAGAUGUGGAACGCCCUCUUAGGGAUUACCACACCAAGAACCGCGAGUUGGCAUCUUUACCUGGAGUCCAGAGCGAUCUUGCAACUCUUGCGAAGAAUCUGGAAGCCUCCCUCAAAAAGGUGGACAAAGCUAGGGAGAAAGGCCCGAAGGGUGCAGAUAAGCUGGCGGGUGCGGUUGCUGCCUCUGAAGGGGUUAGGCAGGAAUGGGAGUCCAGGGCACCUUUCGCUUUCGAGCAGCUCCAGGCUGCUGACGAGAGUCGACUAAACCAUCUACGAGAUGCGCUCACCCAGCUGGAGACCCAUGAGUCGGAUCAGGUUGAGCGUUGCCGUCAAGCAACAGAAACUUGUUUGAAUGUGCUUCUCAAUGUGGAGACCGCAGAUGAAAUAAGAACAUUUGCCGAAAAGGUCAAUGGGGGAAGGCCGGUUGUAUUGAGUCAACAGACUUCUCCUACCCCUGUAGCACCUCCUGGACCACCGCCACGCCUUCAUGAUGACACUGCCAGUCAACGCUCAGAGACCUCUGGUCCCAUCAGGACGCCCCCUGCACCUGAGCCCCAACCCCGCCAUAGCACACCCCUUGGCGGACUCAAGCGAUUAGGUACCGUCAUGAAUAGGAGGAAGAGCAUAAUGCAACCCUCCGGAGGGGCUGCGUUCUUUUCGGAUAAGAAACACCGCAGCCCUUUUGCGUCUUUCAAGCGGGGAGACUCUCGUGACAUGCAAAUCCCCGAGUCACUACCGGAUGAGGAACGCCCGGGCACUGCACUGACUACUCAGGAAAACCACAAUGAAGUUACACGUAUCCCCAGCGAAACCAAUGACCAUGAAGGCCACGGUACGAUGACCUCUAUUCCGACCACUCACUCAGUACCAACAACUGCGAACGGGACAACAUCCCCAGAGCCCCCUGCUGAGACAGGUAUCGCAAUUAGUGACUCACACCAGCGAGCCCAGCAAACUGGCGUGCGCCGCAAUGUAGGGACCUUGCGCGGUCGGCGUGACGUCCGUAACACAGUUUUCAUUCCUAAUCCACCGCAAGCUAGUGAUGCUCCCACUCUACAAUCUGGGUCUGACGUCUCCAUGCCGGUCUCGCCGGGUCUUGCUUCAAAGCAUGCGGCUUCUCCUAGUAUUGCAACAGAGGACCAUGCUCUGUCGGACACGACCUCGGUUCGCUCGGGACACACCUUGCACGGUAGCUCGGGUGCAAUUGCACACCCUGAUCUCCACGAACCAGGACUGAACGCGUCUAUCAUUGAAACGGUUAAUGCAUGGUUCUCCGACGGUGUUGUCACCAAGUCAUCCGUCAUCGGAGAGCUUGCAUUGGCCUACAACGGAACCCCCGAGCCGAAUACCACAGUCCGUUUAGAAAAUUUCCAGGUGCUGGAGAAGGUAGCUGCAAAUCCUCACUUUGUGAAUGAAGAGAAGGACAAGGAUCUCUCAGAUGAAAAAAGAGGACAAUACAGCAUACAUGUUCCCACAAUUUCUCGCCCCUCACCGACAGUGGCUUUCAAGUACCAACUUCACGUUGACGCAUCCGACUCUUCCGCCUACUGUCCGGUUAUCUUCAAACCUGUAUGGAACAUUGAGGAACACCAGGCUAGCGUCAUCAUUUUCUAUUCCUUGAAUCCAUCAUUCACAUCUUCCGCACCAAAAGAAUCAAUCACCCUCAAGAAUCUGGUUCUGACAGUGAACCUGGAUACAUCUCCUGAAGAGGGCCGAGAAGUGGCCCAUGCUACGAAUGCUGUCAUGUAUCCUAAUACGGGGGCGUCCUUCCGUCGCAAGCACUCGGCGGUGACCUGGAAGAUGCCUGAGUUCGAAGUUAAAGCUGGAUCUGACGGCAAGUUGCUGGUUCGAUUCUCAACGGCCACUAGUUGGCCAAGGAAAGGGAAGGUCGACGCGAAAUUCGAGGUCAACACUCUCGAUGCUGGAUCUCGACUGGGAAUCAGUGCCGCGUUGCCAGCAGAGGCGAGUACGCCAAAGGGAUCUGAUCCUUUUGCGGACGAAGACUCCGGUGCACAUGACGAUACCCAACCCUCGCUGACAUGGAAAGAAGUCCCUACUACUCGCAAGCUGGUUGGAGGCAAAUAUGUCUCAUCCUAG